CGGCAGCGAAAGGGCAUCUCCAGGCCAGGCUACCGCUCCUCCGAUGCCAUCCGCCGCCGCCGAAAUGGAGCCGGACACCGACCAAACCAAACCCUCCCCCACCGCCGCCGCCGGCCACCGCAAGCACCUAGCUAUGCUGGAUCGCCUCUCCAGGCGCGGCGCCGCCGCCCCGUCCCUGGAGACCCCCGAUGCCUCCCCCGUCGCGGCCUUCCUCUCCCGCUUCGCCGCCGCCAAGCUCGCCGCCGAGUCCGCGCUGUCCGCCUGCAGCCGCUCCUCCCCCGAGGAGGACGCGCAACGCUCGCUCUCAGGCGCCGCCGCCGCCAUCGACGACCUCGACCGCCUCGUCGCCGAGGCCUCCCACUUGUUGCCCCCUUACGAGCUCCGCUCCGCCCUCGCCGCCGUCUCCGACCUCCGCGCCGCCCACAGGCUGGCCGCCUCCGAGCUCCGGCCCAAGAAGUCAUUCUCCUUCAGGAACAAGAGCAAAGCCCCCAAGAACCUCCCGCAAGAUCCCCCCACCUUGCCGCCGCCGCCUCCACCGCCGGAGCAGCCAAACCCCGCCGUCGAGGCGAUCCUACCAGGGCUCGGAUUCCGGGGGCGGGAGGGCGCCAUCCUGGUGAAGGAUCUGAGAGCUUCCGACGAGAAGGAUGGGGAUUUCACCCUCGCUGAUCUCGUCUCCUGUCAGGUUUACCUCAAGGGCAAAUACCGGGCACUGUACAUCCACAGGCUGAGGGAUUGCCGUGUGUUCGUAGGCGCCGUCUUCGGCUCGGUGCUCAUAGAGGACGUCGAGCGCUGCACAUUUGUAAUGGCCGCACACCAGAUCAGGAUUCACGAAGCAAGGGCGACGGAUUUCUACUUGAGGGUGAGGAGCCGGCCGAUCAUCGAGGAUUGCAGCGGUGUGAGGUUCGCGCCACAUGCUCUGAAUUACAAAGGGAUUGAGGAGGAUUUGAGGGACGCUGGGCUUGAGGAUGAUACUGGUAAUUGGGCAAAUGUUGAUGACUUUAAGUGGCUCAGGGCAGUGCAGUCACCAAAUUGGUGUUUGGUUCCUGAGGAAGAACGAUUGCAGACAAUCGACAUUUCAGAUGUUCUGGAAUGAGAAGAUGAUAAUUAAGCUUCUUGGGAGGGUUUCCGUUCAGGUCACAUUUUUGUAUCAUCAUUCUGGGUUGAUUACUUGGAUUACAUUUUGGUUAUUAUGUUUAUAACUUUAUUAUACCUACAAAUUGAUGCAUUAAGGAUUAGAAGUGUGAAAUGAUCUAGUGUUUAAUCGAAGUGGUUGUUGAUCUGUAUUUAUGCUGUCCUUUCCGUUAAGAGCAUGCACUUUGAUGAGCACCAGGCAUGCUUGAUUUUGGGAUUCUACUUCAUAGUACUGGCACAGUUUUUUUUAUUGC